AUGGUCAAAAUUGCAUAUGCAAAUCAGUGUAUUUUGGACAUGGGUAUAAAUGAUAAGGUUACAGCUGCAAUAGCAGACUCGACAGAUGAUUAUAUCAGUUUUUUAUUUACAACACUAGUAGAUGAUGAUUUACUUGGAUUGCAUUAUGAAUUAAAGAAAAUACCCAAUCGUAAUUGGUCACUGAACCUCAGAUACAACAGAGAUAUAUCGUCCGUUGGUUAUCGUUAUUUCACUGAUAUUCUGUCUUCUACAAUUACCAUUGUUGAACUAUCUAUUGGACAAAAUCAAAUGAACGAGGAGGCACGGAUAAGUUUUCUCAAUGGUCUUUCUAAAAAUAGGACACUGAAAAAGGUCAACAUGUGCGAGAAUAAACUUAACAGUCAAGAUAUAGAAUAUAUUGGACGUUUCAUACAAAACAGUCCGAUCCUUAAACAGAUCGAUUUACGUGAGAGUGAAAUUGAUGUUGAUGCAGCAAUUCAUUUAGCCAAAUAUUUACCUGAAGGUAAUUUAGAGAUUCUAGAUUUAAGUCAAAAUUCUAUUAGUGAUCGUGGUUGUGCAAGUCUUCUUUCUUCCAUUCCUCCUACCUUAUUGAAUUUGUCACUUCGUAAAAAUUAA